GCGCGCGCGUGCGCAGCCGUUCCGCGGAGGGACGAGGCACAGCCGCGGAACCGCCGCCAGAUCCGCUCUCUGUCCACGCCGCCUGUCGCGCCGGCCGUCGCGCCGCCCGCCCCGCGUCCGCCGCCGCCGCCGCCGCCGCCAUGGGAGUGCAGGUGGAGACCAUCUCCCCCGGAGACGGGCGCACCUUCCCGAAGCGCGGCCAGACCUGCGUGGUGCACUACACGGGGAUGCUUGAAGAUGGAAAGAAAUUCGAUUCCUCCCGGGACAGAAACAAGCCCUUUAAGUUUGUGCUGGGUAAGCAGGAGGUGAUCCGAGGCUGGGAAGAAGGGGUUGCCCAGAUGAGCGUGGGUCAGAGAGCCAAGCUGACUAUCUCCCCAGACUAUGCCUAUGGCGCCACUGGGCACCCAGGCAUCAUCCCGCCAAAUGCCACUCUCGUCUUUGAUGUGGAGCUUCUAAAACUGGAAUGACAGGAAUGGCCUCCUCCCUGAGCUCCCCAUUCUUGGAUGUGCCAUGGACGGAUCUGGCGCCUCCAGAUGCGCACAGCGAGUCCGUAUGGAGCUUUUCCUGAUGUUCCACUACACUCUUUGUAUAAACAUCUUCCCUGACUGAAUGUGUUCUGUCACCGGCUUUGCUCUUCCCCUUUCUCCUCGUAUGUGUGUUGACCUGAACUAUAUGCCAUAAACCUCAAGUUACCCAUUUUAGUUUGUUUUUGUUUUGGGGUGAAGAUUGAGUUUCAGUCCUUUGGAUCUAGGUUUCCAGUUAAGUACUAGUCAAGUAUUAACAGCACAAAUAAUGGGUUAACUUUAGAAUAGGAAUUGGUGUUGGGGGGAGUGCAAGAAUCUUUAUUUUAUUUUAUUUUUUUUUUGGAUGAAAGUUUUAUCUAUUAUAUAUUAAACAUUCUUGCUGCUGCGCUGCAAAGCCAUAGCAGAUUUGAGGCGCUUUUGAGGGCCGAAUUAUUCUCCAAGUUGAGAGAUGUCCUCGGGUUGAAUUAAAAGCCCUACCCAAAACUAAAGUGGGAAGGGGAGAGCCUUUGCCUCCACUGUCCCACCCCCACCCUCCCCUUAACCCUCUGCCUUUUGAAAGCAGAUCAUUUUCACUGAGAUGUUGGACACUACAGGUGUCUGUCACCGGGCCAGCAGGGACCUCUGAAGCCUUCUUCAUGGCCUGGCUUUUUUUUUUUUUUUUUUUUUCUUUUUUUCCAUCCUGUGGUUUUCUAAUGGAUAUUUAGGACUUUUGUAAUCUCAUAGCUAUCCAGGCUCCACUUCCUAAAUUUUAAGAACUUCAAUCGAAAGUUAAAUUGAAGGUGCUGUUUGUAGACACUUAACACCCAUGAAAGCCCAGCCAUCAUGACAAAUCCUUGAGUGUUGUCUUAAGAAAAUGAUGCUGGUCAUCACAGCUUCAGCAUCUCCUGUUUUUUGAUGCUCAGCUCCCUCUGCUGAUCUCAGAGUUUCCUGGCUUCUCCUUCCUCCCUCUCACCCUCUGCUGUCCUGUGUAGUGAUUUGGUGAGAGAAAUUGCUGCCUACUCGCCCACGCCUACCCCACCCCCUGCACUACAUAUGAGUUUCAAGUUUUAUUAUUGCAAUAAAAGUGCUUUAUGCUGGCUUUUCUCA